AUGAAGUCUCUACUUAUGGUCAUUGGUCUGGUGGCAGUUGCCCUGGCAGCUGAAACCGAUGUGACCAGGCCCGUAUUCCAGUACAUCACUACAGCCUCGCCGAUAGUAACAACAUAUGAUCCUUACCGGUACUACACCGGCAGGUAUGUCAGGCCUACUGUCGCCUCCGCUGGUCGCUACGACCCUGGUCGCUACGACGCAGGACGCUACGACUCUGGUCGUUACGACCCCGGUAAAUACGACCCUAGCAAAUACGACAAAUCAGGUCGUUACACUCCCGACAACACAGGAUUGUACAACGGCGACCGCGGCGAUCGCGGCAGUGCUGGAGGUUUUUACAGUGGCUCUUUUGACAAAGGAGGCCCUGGUGGAUUAUAUACCGGUGAUAGCGAUGGCCAAGGCUACACUGGUGCUAACGCAGCGGCUUAUCGUGAACCAAUCACCACGAGCGCACCCGUGACCACGAGCGCUCCUGUGACAACAAGCGCACCUGUGACUACCAGCGCACCCGUGACUACUGAAGCACCUACAACCACAAGCGCACCCAUAACUACAGCUGCUCCAACGACAUCGGCUCCCACUACCAUCAAAUUUGUUAGCUCUACACCUUUAUACGUUAAGCCCAAACCGACAUUUGUUCCAUACGUUCCAGCACCUAUUGUUACGAAGUACAAUCCUGAUAAUUAUGAUUACAAAUACGGUAUCAUCCGUUGGGAAAGCGAUGUCCUCCCAGAAGGUUAUCAUUACCUUUAUGAGACUGAGAACAAAAUCCUCGCGGAGGAAGCUGGUAAGAUUGAGCAGAUCGACAAUACCAGCAGUGGAAUGAGAGCUAAGGGUUUCUUCGAAUAUGUGGGACCUGAUGGUGUCACCUACAGAGUAGACUACACCGCUGACGAGCGUGGUUUCUUACCCAGCGGCGCACAUUUACCUUAAUUAAUAUUUUGCUGUUAAUGUUUUUCAAAAUACUCAUUGUUAAAAUAUUUUGAAAUUUUUGUUUCAAAGUUAUAAAUAUAGGUUUAUAAAU